AUGGCAGUUGAUACUAUUUCACCGAUCGCGCUGGCGCGAAUUCGCGCUCUACUACUCCCAAUAGGCAAAAUCAAGCGGUCACGAUUCCUUGAGUUUGUGCAGCGUCUUCAAUCUCAGAAUAUGGUUCGGCUGGGAGACGUGAGCCCUAGCGGAAAUCCCAAUAAAAAUACUUUCUCACCACUUGCCUUUCCAUCUGGUAUGGUUAUCUAUGACCUGUCCAUAUCAGUACCACCGACCUCUCAUCUCGACCUUUUCCCCUUUGAACUAUUUCGAGAACCGCUUGUUAUUUUAGCAAUCGCCGAUGGGAAGGAGCUCUCCUCAGUCUCAGAUACCAAUGAGGCGAAGGGCUACAAAUCCCCCGAUGGGGUUAAACACUCCCCACCUUAUAACCCCCUCGGGUUGACUGGGCUGGUCGAAGAACUAGAUGGGAUAGGAAAUAGCUAUCCGAAAUCUCUCAUACGACAAUUACUUAUAUUUGACUUUGUAGACGUCAACGAGUUGGUAAUAAGCCCUGCCGAUGUGAUCUGGAUCCCAUCUCCUGCCGCGUCGCGAACUACAACAAUCAAGACGUUAAUGUGCGAUAUCUCAUCUUUACUGCUUAAGGAGCUUGGGAAUUUUGCCGAUUCCAUGCAAGAGUGGUCAAAGAUCGACUCCCCCAAGGCAUCGUCAUGGGGACCGCGUCGAACGACCGAGUCACGGCCGACAGAUAGACUUAGGCACCGGAUGACCCUGCCCGCACACCUGCCGUCACAACCAGGAGCCCCGUCUAGUCAUCAUUCAGAUGCAGAACUUAAUAUUCAUGCUGCUGAGUCUCCUACCACAUUUGAUGAAAUUACUCGAUCAAUUCAGCUCUCAAACCGCACCACAACGUCCUUAAAAUCUAGCUCAAAACCGGGCUCGAAGGAGCACAGUCGCGAGCGGAUGUCAAUUCAAGGGCUAGCAAACAUCAAUGAGCGUUCAAAAAGCAGAUUUCAGACUCGUCUGAAAGUCGUUACUGGGCUCUUACACCUUCAAGCAGGUAUCUGGCCUGAAGCCUUGAGGGAACUCGUCGAAGGCGCUUCCGGUGCGAGAGCGGGAAGUGAUUAUAUUUGGCACGCAAAAGCUUUAGAAGGUAUUUUAGUUUGUUUGAUAUUACAUGGUUGGCUUGGCAUAGAGUUUCAGAUACCCCAAGUAUGUUUCCCUUUCGAAAAAUCUACGUCAAAACUCCUUUCCGGCAGUCAAACGGAACCAAGUUUGCCCUCGGAAUCCAAUGCUUCAUGCCUUCAUAACUUAGCGUGCAUUCUUCCAGACAUCUCAAAUCAUAUUUUAAGCCUAUAUAAUCGCGCAACGAAUAUUACCGAUGAACCUUUGCCGCAACUUGUGUUUUCUGAAACUACUAUCAGACUCGCGAAAUUGUUAACAGUCGUUUAUAUACGGAAUGCAAAACUUGAUGAUAACGGCUUAAAGAAUAUAGUAUUGAACCUUCCCCUUCAAUCGGAACCUCUUUCCGAUACCCAGGUGCCUCAUACAAUGAUUCGAAGGUCCGAAAUUGCAUCUUUUGUAUUUCGGGCUUUGCCUUCUUCACCUACGACGGAAGUUCCGAUUACAGACUCUGUGCAAAUUCUCGUUGGAAUAGCAGCAGUACUAUCUGCAUUGCAGCUAGAAAGAAAAAGAGGCUUCAUUUUAAAAGAACUCAUAAGCAUUUCCAUUAUUGGACUCGUUCAAGCACGUAAAAUUGGCGCUGCAGAAAUGGGAAUCCACCCAGCUGCAGGCUUAUCCGCCCUCAACAACGAAGCUUUUGAUUUGAAUGCCCUAGAUAUCGCGUCUGGGAACACGGAGGACAGUAUGAGGGGCGUUCUAUCUUCAAUAUCCGCGAUAUACGGCUCACGGGGAUUAAAAGAGCAAGAGCUUACAGGAAUUACCUUGAAUACCACUGACCAACAGCUGGAAUAUGAUUCUGCCAGUUCUAUAAUUGAUAGGAAUAUCUACGAUGCUAAUCUGAGUUCUUACGGUGAUAUAUCGUUAAAAGUGAAUAUUUUUAAAGCUUGCAUUGAUUUUUGCGAAGCUCUGCCUGAUUUUCAGGGUGUUCUUCAGUUUACGUCGGGACUACUUCAAACAAUCAAAGGCAGCGCCAUGCUUUCAGUAAAUCACAGGAAUAUUCGCCCUACCCUAGCACCUGAAGAGCAAGUGCGACUUUAUAACAAUAUCAAGCGAACGGUUGGAGCUGCCGAUAGACUUGGACAUCCUAAUAUGGAAGCCGAGUAUUGGGAUGAUUUUCUCCUCCGAGGAGUCAAAGUUUUAGGCUGUACAAACGUUAAAAAGCCUGUUUUACGGUCAAAGAAGGACUUUGGAAUUUCAAUCUUAAAAGAAGAUCUGGGGCAAAAAGACCCUUUCAUAUAUAGUGCGUUCUCAAAAGUUCAAGUCGACCAGGACGAGGCCAUAGUCAUCGCCGGCGAGCGCAAUGCGAUACAAGUGGUUCUUCAAAAUCCGUUCGAGUUUGAAAUUGAAAUUGACAGUCUAGAGUUGAUAGGAGAUGGUGUUGCUUUCAAUUCAGAUACUCGCGGCUUAUCACUACCCCCUUUCUCUAUAGAAGAAAGAGUCCUUCCACUAUUCGCCACAACUGAAGGGAUUCUUACACUUACCGGUUGUGUUGCGAAAAUUAAGUUUUGCAGGCAGCGUCGCUUUCUAAUAUUCAAACAAUGUUGGAAACCGGAAAUACAGCCGAAAUUAAAGCGGAUAGGACUGGUUGCUAAGACAUUCUCGAUAGAGCGCCCUUCUUCUUGGGGAUCAAACUAUUCAGAGAACUCAAGUAGGCCCCCUCAAAAUGGGCCCAGGGCUGAUUCUGCAGCUAUCAAUGUGAUAAAAGAACAACCUAUUCUGGAAAUUGAAUAUUCCUCUCUUUCACAAAAUGCAAUUACUCUUUUGGAUGGCCAAAAGCGGACAUUCUACCUUACGUUACGCAACCGAGCCUCAUGUCCUGCUGAUUUGAUUUUUGUCACCUUUCAGGAUUCCACUGCAAGGCAUUUGCAAACUGCCAUUAGCCAGAAAGACAAUCUUGCGGUUGAUUUAUAUGAACUAGAGUACCAGCUUAUUGAGAACCCGGCCGUUAGAUGGAAACAAUUAGGCACUCAUGGACGCCCCACAGUUGCCGCAAAUGAUACUUCCAUGUUUGAAAUCCAGGUUUCUGGCAAGCCAGGACUGAAUGAAGCUGAACUUCAAUUUGAUUAUGGACAUACCGGCGUCGCCUCCGAAAUUCCAGAAACGUUCUACACAAGACAACUAAACCUCCCACUGGCAAUCACCGUUAGUCCCAGUAUCGAGGUACUCCGUUGCGAUAUUUUGCCUUUUCAUCAUUACUCUACUGCUUUGAGUCACAUAGGGGUGCAGAGCGAUGCUCCGAUAUCGGAAAAACUCUUGUUAAGAAAUAAACAAUUUUCAACAUUGCUAUCAUCCCUCGGCACAAGCUCCCAUAGCGCAGAUCACUGCUUACUCCUACUAGAUCUACGAAAUUCAUGGUCAAAUCCAUUAUCGGCUUCUAUAUCGGUUGCUGAAAGAGGGGACGGAAAUCUUGACUCUGUAUAUGGGAUUUACGAUGUACUGCAGCCCAGUCGCACUGUUCGCAUUGUUGUUCCCGUUUCCCGAGUCUACUUAAGUGACCCUUAUAAAGCGAUCCCAAGCCUGGGACAUGCCAACAAGCGACAGUUUGUCGUGAGUGCCCGUAAAACAUGCUAUGAAAAAGAAGCUGCCGCCAGGGAAGUAUUUUGGCUCAAAGAACGGCUGCUUAAAUCGCUUCAUGGAACCUGGAAGGACGAAACUACUGGCCAUGAGGGUGUUAUUAACCUGCGAGGUAUCAAACUGACCGGCGAAAUGGCCGAUGUUCUUCGCGUUGACCAGGUGGAAAUAUCGUUUUUCAUUCAGUCCCUCGGCACAAAUGAAAUGAUUGCUACGGAUCUUGGGCACCAUGAUGUAGCACCCGUUGUCCGAGCUGGGUGUUCUAAUUUUACUGUUCCAACAAAUACUUUUCUCACCUUAUGCGUUUCUAUCUUUAAUCGAUCUCCAAGGCCAAUUCACCCUCUUCUCCGCCUUAUCCCAAGCCUCAAAUACCAAUCUUCAGCUGUCGCUUUGGAGCUGUCGAAACGGCUCUCCUGGACCGGCAUGUUGCAGCGGGCGUUGCCCGUGCUAGCAGCUGGGCAGACUACCGUGGCACGUUUAGGGGUCACGGCACUUUGUGAGGGAGAAUAUGAGAUAAAUGCUCUUGUUGAGGAAGUACGCCGAAUAAGGCCGCAUGGUAUCAAACCGGAGGAAAAUGCCACGCAAGAUAUGAACAAGGCCACAAACGAACUCCCCAAUUCUACUGAUCACCAUGACAGCCCCUUCGAGGCGUUCACCAGCACCAACUCUGCUGUAAAGAGACGUGUGUGGCAUGCACGGAGGCCGUGUGUAUUGUCCGCCCAUGAAUGA